GUUUACAGUGAGACCGGGUACACCCACAGAGACCGGGUAGACUCAGAGACCAGGUACAUCCACAGAGACUGGGUAGACUCUCAGAGACCGGGUAGACUCUCAGAGGCCUGGGUAGACCCACAGAGACUAGGUAGAUUCUCAGAGAUCUGGGUAGACCCACAGAGACUAGGUAGACUCUCAGAGAUCUGGGUACACCCACAGAGACUGGGUAGACUCUCAGAGAUCUGGGUACACCCACAGAGACUGGGUAGACCCACAGAGACUGAGUAGACUCUCAGAGACCGAGUACACCCACAGAGACCGGGUAGACUCUCAGAGACCGGGUACACCCACAGAGACUGGGUAGACCCACAGAGACUGGGUAGACUCUCAGACACUGGGUAGACCCACAGAGACCGGGUACACUCCCAGAGACUGGGUAGACUCUCAGAGAUCUGGGUACACCCACAGAGACCAGGUACACCCACAGAGAACAAGGUAAACCCACAGAGACCGGGUAGAUCUUUCCUCUUCAUACAAAACCAGAAACAACUGGACCUGAUCAGUGUUUUAUGUCCCAGAGUCUGGCAGCCGACCCGCAGCAGGUUCCUGGUUGUGGUUCUGUUCCCUGCAGAGGAGCCGGGCCAUCCUUCCUCCGCGGAGGAGCGUCAGGAAAGCCUCCCGGCGCCGCGCGGGGCGGGGCGGGGUCUUUGUCGGACCUGUUGUGCGGCUCUCGGUGCUGCUCGUGCAGGUUUUUGUUUCGGUUGGAUUCGCUGUCCCUUUCUGGAAGUUUUACCGGGCCGGUUGGACCUCGGCGGACCGCAGAACAGCCCGCUGAGCUCAGGAAAUGUCCUCCUGAUGAAGAAGCGUCCUCGUCCUUUUCCUCCUCACGUUGGACUCUUCACUGAUUGGUGCGUCUCUAAUCCGUCUGUAAAGAGGAGGUGCCAUGUUGGCCUCCUCAGUCUCUCCAUCACUCCUCUUCCUCCUCCUCCUCUUCCUCCUCCUCCUGCCCCCUCCUUCUCACUCAGCUGAUGUUAUCGUGACCACUGACCCUGUGGUGCAACGGGUGGAACUGCAGGGCGCCCCCUUGUCUCACCUGGUUGUGGACCCGGGGACAGGCCUUCUGUAUGUGGGCGGGGUCGACCACCUGUACCAGCUGACCUCUGACCUGGAGGUGAUGUCACACGUGAGGACUGGCCCUCAGCUGGACUCCCCGGACUGCCUCCCCCCGAUCGUCCUACAGGAUUGCCCCUCGGCCACGCCCACUCACAACCACAACAAACUGCUGCUGAUGGAGGAGGGGCAGGGGGCGGAGCCAGGCAGCCUGAUCGUCUGCGGGUCGCUGUAUCAGGGCAUCUGUGACAAGAGGAGUCUGACUAACAUCUCUCAGCUCAUCUAUCAGACCUCCAACCCUGUCGACACUCAGUACGUUGCUGCCAACGACCCUCGAGUCUCCACCGUUGCCCUGGUGAUAACCACAGAGAACAAACAAGAGGGGGCCAUGUCUGGUGGUUUCAUGCGCUUGAUGCUGGUUGGUCGAGGCUACACCAGUAAGGGUCCUGGUGAUAUCCCACCAAUCACGACUCGGCGUCUGUUCCCAGUGGUCCCACCUCGUCGGGCUUUCUCUCAGGAGGAGGAGCUUGGGAAACUGGUCGUUGGGAGUUACUCUGAGUACAACAACCACUUUGUGAAGGCCAUUGCCUAUGGCAACCAUGCCUACUUCCUGUUCUCUCGGCGGGACAUGUGGCACAAGAAGGAGUACCGGACCUACGCCUCCCGGCUCUGCAUCUCUGACCGCAGCUUCUACUCGUAUGUGGAGGUGCCACUGCUGUGCCGCGGUGGCUACAACCUGGCUCAGGCGGCAUCAUUAGGAAACCACUCAGGUGAACCUGCCCUGUUUGUCAUCAUGGCGGCAGGACAAGCGUCUACGCCCGUAGCAACUGGUCGCUCAGCACUGUGUGUUUAUGGGAUGGCAGACCUGGACGCCAUGCUGCGGCGAGCACAGGAAGUGUGUUACACAGAAGGUGGGCGGGGCAGCAGCGGAACGGACGAGGCCUACAUUGAAUACGCCGUGUCAUCGAAAUGUCUGAAACUACCCAAGACCUCUCUCUUAGAGUAUCCUUGUGGAGGGGAACACACCCCGAACCCCAUCGCCAGCGCUGUGCCACUCCAAGCUACGCCCACCUUCACCUCCACCACCCAACUGACUGCUGUCACCACGGCAACAGAAGCGGGACACACCAUCGCCUUUCUGGGAGACAGAGAGGGACAACUGCACAAGGUGUUGGUGAGCUCUGAUUGGUCAGGUGACCUCUACGGCAGUCUGUUGGUGGACAGUGAGCGUGGCAUCAGCGCUGACCUCUUAUUGGACAACCAGCAGCAGCAUGUUUACGUUUUAACCAGCAGCAAUCUGUCGAAGGUUCCUGUGUCGUCAUGUGAGAGACAGACAGACUGUCAAUCAUGUCUUGCUGUCAGAGACCCGUACUGUGGCUGGUGUGUUCUGGAGGGAAGAUGUUCCCGUAAACAUCUAUGUCAGCGCCACACACAGCCUAACCAUUGGCUCUGGAGCUUUGAACCGACCAAUCAGUGUGUGACAGUGCAGAGUCUGCAGCCGGCCAAUCAGAGUAAAGACGAACAAACACGGGUGACCCUGUCAGUCCUCCAGCUUCCUGCCCUGUCGAAGUCUGAGUCUCUGUCCUGCGUCUUUGGGCACCUCCCUCCUCAGCUUGCUGUUGUCACAGGAACCAGCAUCACCUGUCAAUCACCUGCACCAGAGCUCCUCCCACCCAUGCUAACAGGAAGUGAUCACAUGGUCCUGCCUGUGUCACUGGUGUUUGAUCAUGUGACCAUUACCACGGGCAACAUGACCUUCUACAACUGUGGAGCCGUGAGCCGAUUGAACCAGAGCUCCCAGUGUCUGGCCUGUGUCAGCAGUGUGUGGAGGUGUAACUGGUGUCCUCUGGAUCAACUCUGCACUCACAACCACAGCUGUCCCAACCAACACAUCAUCCUCAACCAGAGACAGGAAUCUCCUGGUCCUCUUUCCUGUCCUCUGGUCUUCGCCCUGCAGAGUUCUGCUUUGGUGCCGUUGGGCCUGAGAACCACCGUGGUGCUGCAAGGACGAAACCUGGACGUCUACACUGAUGAAGCUCAGUAUGUUUGUGUUGUGGAGAUUGAAGGAAUUCAGUUUAAUCUGACAGCUUCAGUCGAGAAGACGGACGACAACACGCACACCUUCACCUGCAGCCCUCACCAGUUUCAGUAUGCAGUCAGUCAGCUUCAGUAUUUGGCUCCUGUCUAUCUGCGCAGAGGAGAGAGACGCAUCGACGCCUCACCUGACCUUCGACUCCAUCUGUAUGACUGCUCAGCUGGCCAAUCAGAUUGCUCGCAGUGCCGUGCAGUGCCAGAGGAGUAUGGCUGUGUGUGGUGUCCAGGAAGCCCCGCCCACAACUGCGUUUACAACCAAUCCUGCACAAGCAUACCUGCAGACACCUGUCCGCCUCCUGAGAUCACACACGUGCGUCCUGUCUCCGGUCCAUUGGAGGGCGGAGUCUUGGUGACGAUCACAGGGUCUAACCUGGGAAUGAGUUAUGCUGACGUGGUGGGUGGAGUCACAGUGGCAGGUGUUCAGUGUCCACCUGUACCUGAAGGUUACCUGAUCUCUACCCGGGUGGUGUGUGAGCUGCAGCCCAGCGGCAGGCCGACAGCGGGCCACGUCCUGGUUAACGUGGGAAUGACCCCACCUGGAAGGUCAGCACAGACCUUCACCUACCAGGAUCCACAGCUCCUGGACCUGGUUCCUGAUAAAGGUCCGCUCUCUGGAGGAACUCAGCUGACCAUCCUAGGUCGACAGCUGCUGACCGGACAAAAGUCCGACCUGAGAGCCUUUGUGGGCAGUCAGCCCUGCUACAUUGGAGUGGAGGAGGUCAAUGAUACCCAGCUGGUGUGUCAAACUGGUUCCAGUAAUCGGACCGGCGAGGUUCUGGUCCGGGUUUUGUUUGGGAAAGCAGAGAAGACGGUUCCUAACAUGACCUUCCGUUACCAUGACGACCCUGUCAUCACUGAGGCCGCUCCUGCAGAAAGCUUCUACGCAGGUGGGCGCAUCAUCAUGGUGACCGGCGAGAACCUGGACGUCGUCCAGCAGCCAAUCAUAGCGGUGUGGGUGGAACCUCUGGAGGUCCAGAGGGUGAAACGGAGAAGACGAUUGGCUCUGCUCACCGCCAAACAGCAGCUGGUCUUUAACAGCACCAUGACAACGGUGUCAGAGCGCUGCUCUGUCCUGUCGUCCUCUCAAAUGACCUGUCUCACCCCCAAAGUGGCUCCAGAGGUCAGAGUAAAGGGCGUCUGGUUUCAGCUCGACAACGUCAGAGUCCACUUUGAAAGCAUCAAGGGUCAGAGCUUCAGUUAUUAUCCUAACCCGCAGUUCUUCCCUCUGAACCGGGACGCUCCGGAUGCUCCAUAUCGCUUCAAACCGGGAGGAGUGAUUGCGGUGGAGGGUCAGGACCUGACCACCGCCAUAUCCAGACAGGAAGUGACAGCUUGGCUCGGAGAUCAGGAGUGUGAGGUGAAAACUCUGGACAACACUCACCUUUAUUGUGAACCUCCAGAGAUCCAACCAAUGAGUGUGGACGACAGCAGUGAGCUGCCCAGCCUCAAGGUAUUCAUGGGAAAUCUGCAGGUGGACCUUGGACUGGUUCAGUACGACAGUGACUCUCUGCUGUCUCCCGUCCCAUUGGCUGCUCAGAUUGGUUUGGGGGCAGGAGCAGCUGUCAUCAUCCUGUCUGUGCUGGUCGUCAUCCUCAUGUACAGGAGGAAGAGUAAACAGGCUCUCAGAGACUACAAGAAGGUUUUGCUGCAGUUGGAAACUCUGGAGAUCAACGUGGGAGACCAGUGUCGCAAAGAGUUCACAGACCUGAUGACAGAGAUGAUGGACCUGAGCAGUGAUGUUGGUGGACCAGGACUCCCCCUGCUGGACUACAGGACAUAUGCAGAGAGAGUAUUCUUUCCUGGCCAGCAGGUAGCACCGCUGAGCCGCCAACUGGACCUGCCGGAGUCCAGGAGGCAGACUGUGGAACAGGGCCUCCAGCAGCUCAACAACCUGCUCAACAACCGGCUGUUUCUCACCAGGUUCAUCCACACUCUGGAGGCCCAGCAGGGUUUCUCUCAGAGAGACCGGGGUUAUGUUGCCAGUCUACUCACCAUGGCCUUGCACGAUAAACUGGAGUACUUCACUGAAGUCAUGAAGACUCUGCUGCAGGACCUGGUUCAGCAGUACGUCGCCAAGAAUCCCAAACUUAUGCUACGCCGGACAGAGACGGUUGUCGAGAAGAUGUUGACGAACUGGAUGUCCAUCUGCCUCUACUCCUUCCUCAAGGAGGUGGCAGGGGAGCCGCUCUACAUGCUGUACAGAGCCAUAAAGUACCAGGUGGACAAAGGUCCGGUGGACGCUGUAACUGGUAAAGCCAAACGUACGCUGAACGACAGCCACCUGCUGCGAGAGGACGUGGACUACUGUGCUGUGACUCUGACGGUCUUGGUGAAGAACGGUGUUGAAGUUCAACCUUGCCCCGUUAAAGUUCUCGACACUGACACGAUCACACAGGUGAAGGAUAAGAUCCUGGAUCAGGUCUACAGAGGAGCUCCGUUUUCUCAGAGACCAGCAGCAGACAGUCUGGACCUGGAGUGGCGUUCUGGUCAGGCAGGUCACCUGACCCUAUCAGAUGAUGAUGUCACUGCAGUCGUUCAAGGUCGCUGGAAACGACUCAACACUCUGCAACACUACAAGGUUCCAGAUGGAGCUACAGUCGCCCUGAUUCCUCGUUCUCAGACUUCAGGUCUCGGAGUGAAUCAGGUGUUCCAGACUGGAGAGAAAACGCCGAUGCUGGAGGGCGAGGAGGAGGAGGGUCUGCGUCUGUGGCACCUGGUGAAGAGCAGCGAAGAUCCCGAAAUCCCAAAACACCGAAAGAGCAGCAUGAGGGAGCGAGAACGAGCCAAGGCCAUACCUGAGAUUUACCUGACCAGACUGCUGUCCAUGAAGGGGACGCUGCAGAAGUUUGUGGACGAUGUCUUUGUGGCGAUCCUCAGCACGAAGCGUCCUCCUCCGAUCGCCGUCCGGUUCUUCUUCGACUUCCUUGACGACAUGGCGGAGAAACACGGCAUUGACGACCCCGAGACUGUCCACAUCUGGAAGACCAACAGUCUCCCUCUCAGGUUCUGGGUAAACAUCCUGAAGAAUCCUCAGUUUGUUUUGGACGUUCAGGUGUCCGACAGCAUCGACGCCGUCCUGUCCGUCAUCGCUCAGACCUUCAUCGACUCCUGCACCACCUCCGAGCACAAAGUGGGACGGGACUCUCCUGUAAACAAACUGCUGUACGCCCGAGAGAUACCCCGAUACAAACAGCUGGUGGAGAGGUAUUACAGCGACAUCCAUGCGGCUGCUUCAGGCUGUUAUCAGGAGAUGAACUCAACUCUGACUGAACUGUCUGGGAGUUUCGCCUCAGAGAUGAACAACCUCGUUGCUCUACACGAACUUUACAAGUACAUCAACAAAUAUUACGACCAGAUCAUUAUGUCUCUGGAGGAGGACAGUUCAGGCCAGAAGAUGCAGUUGGCCUAUCGGUUGCAGCAGGUCGCCGCCCUGGUGGAGAACAAGGUCACUGACCUCUGAUGACCCCUGACCCCGUCAUCCUGAGGAAGAGGAGGAUGAAGACGAAGCUUCCUGUUAACACUGUGUCUUCCGGUGUGUGUGUUUCAUAGUCCAACUCAGGAGAUCUCAGUUCUUUAGGUUCUUCACUAAAGUCAAACUAAACCCUAACCUAACCAGAAUCCAACCAGAACCUAAUCAGAACUGAAUCAGAACCAAACCAGAACCAAAUUAGAACCAAAUUAGAACCAAACCAGAACCCAGUAAAUGACAAUCUAACCAAUCUGAUCAGGGAACAUCGUCAGUGCCUUGCACUCAAUUUCCCAGAGUUCCCUGCUGUUCUGCAAACUGUGUGAAGCCAGAAAGCACAAUUUGAAUCACAUGUAUUGAUUACUGAUUACUGAUUAUUGAUUAUUGAUCUGCUGGACGAUAUUUUUGUCUUUUCUACUGAAACCAGCUUGACUCGCUUAGUGACGCAGUCAUCAGGGAGUUUUUUAGUUUUCAGGGUGAUUCCAGUUUCUGAUGACGUCUUGGCAUCAAAGUGAAUCUACCUGCAGCUCUUCAGGUGAACUCCGCCUCCCUCAGGUCCACACCUGUCCUGCACUUGUUCGCAGUCCUCCUCAGAUGGAGUCCAGAUGGACUCUCAGGUGUGUAGUUAGCUGUGUACGUCAUCACACCUGACAGUGAAAGAAAAGGAUGCAAGCUCCUUGAUGGUUCAGGGUGACGUUAGCCUGACAGCUACGAGCCCAGAAGUUGUUUCUUUGCAUUAGGCUCCGCCUCCUGCCAAUCACAACAAACAGAUCAAUCAAAGCCAAGCUUCAUCUGCAGCACUGCGUUCUAAAACCAACACAGCAAGUUCAAGUUCAGAUUGGACUUGUCCACGAAGAGCCCAUUGUGUCUGAAAGUUCUGUAGAGUCCAGUUAGUUUAAGACCCCAUUAGCCCUGAUCUAACAUGUGGUGUAUGUAUGUAUCAUUUAUGACUCUACCCUCAACAUGCAAACCUGCCAACACGCUGGCACGAGUCACAGUAGCUAAUUAUAGGACUCGUUAACGGGACAGGAAGUUCACAUAACAGGAUCUGACCUCAAUGACCAGAACAGGAAGUUCACACACUAGCAAUGUAGCCAAGCUGCUAGCUAACGUCUUCAGCAGAUUUUUCUGUGAGCAGCUCCUGAAACAGAAACAAUUGAAUCAUCGACGAACUAACGAAACUUGAAUCACUCUGAAAAUAAAGUUUAACAAGAAACCAGCUGAUCAAACAAACAGCUGAUCAAAAACAAUCCAAGUUCAAACUGUGUGUGUGUGUGUGUGUGUGUGUGUGUGUGUGUGUGUGUUAGUUACUAACUUAUUGUUUGUACAUACUGAAGCCCUAUUUAUAUCUAUUUUUCCCAGCUGUGCCUUCACUCUUGCAGCUAGGUGGCGCUGUCUGUCUGUUUUGAUGGCAGCCUUAUUGAUAUUGUGUCCCAGUGCAUCAUGCGAAGAUAAAUUUAUUUUAAUGUUUAACUGUCGGAGGGAAAACCAGAGACUCAUCGUGAACAUGUCGAGGUAACACGUCACAUGUAAAAACCGUCAUGACGUGUCAGUUGGUCCAAGUUUUAACACUGUCAUGUUUUUAUUAUCUGAAUGAAAUCAACAUAAAAUGAAUUAUUUUUAUUUGAUUAAUUAUUGUUGAUUUGCAGUUAAAAUAUUUCUUUUUUUAGUCGUUUUGAGACGUGUCCACUUUCUCCCAGUGUGAGGUGAACAUCAUGUCAGUAAAAGAAACAUGUUGGCGACUCUCUGACUGACCCAAACAAACAUGAUUCAGUUUCUCUAUUCUAUAAACUAUUGUAACAUUUGGUGUAUUGCCAAACAACCACUGAAAAUAACAAUUUCAACUCACUCAGUUGAUUAAGUCGUAAACUGCUGUUUCCAAGGUCAAGAAUGAUCUGUCACGUUUAACAUGUUUGUUUGGAUAUUAUGAUUUAAGUCAUGCUAGGUCGUUGCAUGAUGCGAGGUCGUUGUUUAACCUUGUAAACAAUGCUGUGGUAGCUAUAAACCACCUCAAAUGUUACUGAAGUUUCAACACAAACACAGGCAGCCUGCACAGCACUGGCUAUGUUACAGACAUUUAGCACAACAAACAAUGCUAUCUGUGGAUCAACUGCCACAACAAAUAUGCUAGCUCUUUGUUUAACCUGGUAUGAAAUGUUAUGCUAAAUUAGCGAGGAUAAAACACAACCAGGAAUUCUGUUUGGUGUCACAUAUAAUGUCACGACGGAUCCAGGAACAUCAGGUUUAGGUGUUCUGACAUCGUGUUUAUGUUGAUGCUGUUUUAGAAACAAACAGUUAGCAUAGCCUUUACUUUUAGCUGCUUUGCUUAUUUGAUUUAACAUUUGCAUUGCACUUGUGUUACUGUCACAGGCUGAAUCCAAAUAUCUGAAAUUCAGACUGACAGACUUCACUUUGGAUGUAAAACUAGUCAUAGAUGUCUGAUUGAUCUGAAUAUAUCAUCGCUGUUAAAGGAAAGUUUUACUGCACAUACCCACCUUUCUGUAUCUCUAACCAUCCAGUCAAAAAACUGGAAAAAGGUCAGAUCUGAAGUCAGUUUAAUCCCUUGCUGGUCCUAAGUUCGGAGGUCUGGAUUCAGCUUGCAGAAUACUCUCCAUGGCAACAGUUUGUUGUUUUAGCUGUGUGAAGAAUCAGUGGAUGUGGGUGACCCCUUCAGUUUUACUUAGUCUAUAUGUGCAACUCUGCUGUUGACCACAGAGUGGGACAGAUAUUUCCUGAACCCUCAAACUAGAUACUUCCUGGACUCUGCUGUAUGUUAUUUCGGUGUAAAUGGACUCUGAGACUAAACCCAUGAGGCAAUAAACGGACAGACUCUGACUCAACUGGUUUUUCUGCUGCUGAACUGAUUAAGUUUAAAAUAAAUCAAACGUGGCGUUUGUUGACGAUCUUCCUGCUGACUGAUGGUAGAUGAAACGUGGCAUUUGUUGACUAUCUUCCUGCUGACUGAUGGUAGAUGAAACGUGGCAUUUGUUGACUAUCUUCCUGCUGACUUCUGGACUUUUCUUCCUUGUGUUAGAAUAUUUCUGAUGAUUCUCGCUGUUUAAUCUGAACGUCUCUCCUCUGUGUUUCUGCUUUGUGUGUUUUUUGAGCCUGUGUAUGACCCAUAGUUGUAGUUCUCUGAUCUGCAUGCAUGUCAUGAUGAUGAUGAUGAUUGUGAAGAUUUAAGGUGCUUGUUUUUUAAAAUAAAGAUAAGGGGCGGAGCUUAACUUCUGCUAUGCCACUGAUGAUGUAUGUAAAUGAGGUCACAGUUUGACCUUUGACCUCUUGAUUUGUGUACAGUUUUCUAAUCUUCUGGGACAUGAUGAAACAGGUUCUCAGCUCUGAUUGGUCGAGCUCUGUUUGUUACUGAAGUGUUUUUUCUACAAGGGAAUCAAACUUUAAAGUUUGUAUAAAGUCGAUCCAGGAUCAUUUGUAAUGAAGCACAGACUGUGUACAGUUUGCUAACAGUGUGUAAAUGUAAACACUGUCUGAUGAUGAUGAUGAUGAUGAAGACGAGUCCAUCUGCAAUGGAAAUGUGUUUUCAAUGUGAAGAGGCGAAACACAAUUUUUAUGAUGUAAAAAUAAAGUUAUAAUUUUA